GCUACAUUUCACCUCCUUUUUCUUUCUCCCUCUCUGUACUCAUCCUCUGGACAUUGACAACCCACCUCCACUGCUACAGCCAACAACAACAACAACAACCCACAUUUCAUUUCAUUCUCUUCCUUCUUCUUCUUUUAUUCUUCUUAGGCUACAUCAUGAGGACCAUGAUACAGAGCCUUCAAGAUCGAAGCUUUAUACCCAACAUGCCCACAAACCAAGCACUCCCUGUCUCAAAAGUGGACUCCAAAGAACAUGGCCUACGCAGAAGGCUCUCCUCCCUCUCCCUCAAGAUCCAACCCAUUGCUUCCCCUGCAACCUCAUGGGCAUUCCGCAGGUCGAAGUCUCUGUCAUCCAUGGGAGAAUCUGCUGGCAGUUCUGUAAGGAAAUGGUGGGACUGGGGCUGGUCUUGGAUUCUCUCGAGGAAGCCCAUUUUUGCAGAGGAUCUGGAGAUGAACGAGGAAGAAUCCAAGAUGCUUGGUUCUCAUAGCAAAGGUAGCUGGAGUCAUGUUUUUUACAAGGUCAGGUUUGAGAUCAGAAGACUCGUGGGUUCUGAACGUGUGGGUCUUCCUCAAACCUACAGGUACGAUUCCUACAACUACUCCAAGAAUUUCGAAGAUGGAAUCUCGAGAACCCAAGGCUGAGAAAGGUUGGUCAGCAUGAAAUGGGGGUGUUAAAGUUGCAAAAACCUUUGAUGGUAUAAAGGUUCCAGACUCAGAUCAAGACUGGAAUUCUGUAUGGCUUAUAAUUUUUGUACCCUUUUCUUCCCUUGUUAGUGUUUAUCCGUAAAGAUUACUGGGUUGUGAUUAGACAGAACAUUAUGCUACUACGUGGGAUUGUUUGGAAGGCAGUUUAGGAGUGUCUGUUGAUUGCCAAAUUCGUUUUUUGGUAAAAUUACCCUGCAUACUGUGUGCCUGCCUCUGGCGUCAAUAUCAUCAUUCUUUUCAUGUCCAUAAGUUUCAAGCCACUGAUUUGCGGUGCUCAAAAAGGGGAAUUGCAUGCAGGAUUUGCUCGUUUGUUGUUAGUCAAUAUUGUUCCUAUUGUUCAAGUAUUGAUUGCUUAAUUUUGAAGGUUUCCUUGUACAAGACUUGCUCCUCCAUUGUGCAAUGCGAUGUUUAUUAAUAUAAUAAGCUGUUCUUUCCUCCAA